AAUUUCAGAGAGGGAAAUCAAAGAGCGCUAGAUGACAUUCUGCAAGAGUUCCGAAAGCAGAUCAUCUCCGAUGCCAUCGGCGCCGAGGAAUAACUCCCUGCUUUCUCCUUAAACAAACUAAAAUUGAUCUUGCAAUCCAGACGUCAGUCGCAUAUGUCUUGUGAUUGAGCGCGUGCAAUAAUGAAAUCCCAGUGGAGCAAUUUGAUCCUGUAACCAAUGGCAACAGUCCAGGCCCUGUCCUUGACCCAGAACCCUGACAAAAGCAUUGGUGCCGUUUACCCCGCAUCCUCUCUGGCAUCAGGCCACUGCAUCAUGGGAAGUGUAGGCAGCCUCAUCGAGAAGUCAGACGUGUCGCCUACCAAGAGCAAUAGAGCUGUUCCACAGGUAUCAGGACGCCAGAACCACAGUCUGCUCAAGAAAGGUUUCAACCAGAGAGAGCUGCUUAACUAUCUUAACAUAAACAAGAAGGAAGCGAAAGGCAGCAAGCACAUCAUCUCUGGGUCUUCCUCCAUCAAGAGAGAGCACAGGAGAGAGGAGGAGGACAUCUACACUAAGGUCUACCACAGGGAUGGAAAGGAAGUUGAUUUGGGAAAGAACUCACUUCCCAUAGGUGGCAAGUUUGACAAGCCACGUUUCAGGCCUUCUGCGUUUAAACCGGUAACUCCAAAAAACUUCAGUUCCAUGCAGAACAUCUACCCAUCCAAGUCGGAGGAGCACAAGAGCGGCUUAACCAACGGCAUGCAUCAGUCCUAUGCCAAAGCAGCACAGAAAUCACUGUCCACCUCUUCCACGUCCUCCUCCCCAUCACGACCAGGCACGAGUGCCUGCAAAGGCGUACUAGCAGCAGCAGCCCGGGGCCUCAGCCAAGAAGAGGAGAACGCAUCAGACUCCGGGCACAACUCUAUGAACAGCCUGCCACCCUAUCGGCCGCCGUUCUGCCCUCACUUGGGGCAAAUCAGCGCUUCCAUGGGUCACAUCAACCACAUUGGUUCGCUGGAUCGGACCUCGCUGGGUUCAAAAGGUGCUGCUUCCACCAUCACGGACGUGUCAUGCCAGAGCAUGGCUACGUUGAACCGGCUUCAGUGCUAUGGCAGCGAGUCCCAGCCCCCCUACAAGCUGUCACACUCGCUGGAGGAUGUGGUGAAGGACUUGGAGGAGCGUCUGCAGGAAAAGGAGCACGAGCUUAGGCAGAUGAGGAGGAACCUGGAUGAGAGUGAGGAUGCCAUUGCACAGGUUUUUGAAGGGAAGCAGCGUCUCUGGGAAAAGGAGGUGACAGAGUUGAAGCACCUGUACACCUCCAAACUGCGUCAGGUAUCCCAGCAUUCCCAGCGCUCACAGCGAAACCUGCAGCUGCAGCUCUAUAAGGCACAGCAGGAACGCAACAGACUGCAGGAGGAGCUGGUUGCUGUCAGGCUUGAGUGUCAGACCCUGAAAAGUCAAGACCCAAAGACACACAGUCAGAACAUUAAUCCCCAGCUCGAGGAGACCCAAUGGGAGGUCUGUCAGAAAUCAGGAGAGAUCUCUUUACUGAACAGACAGCUGCGGGACUCUCAGGCAGAGGUCACCCAGAAGCUGAGCGAAAUCUUCCUCUUAAAGACUCAGCUGCACGAGGCGUGCAAUCAGAUCCGGGCCAAAGACAGCCAGAUGGACAUGCUGCAGAUGGCCCUACAGGGCGCCCGCCGGAAAUGCCCCUUGCCUGCUUUCGAGGAUGUUCGAGUGGACUCAGGUGAUACCGGAGGAGCCAGUACCACAGAGGAGCGGCUCAGAGCAGAACUGCUGCUGGAGAGGCGGCAGAAUGAGGCGCAGACUUCAGCCUUUGAGGCUGAGAGGAGCACGUGGCAGAACGAGAAGGAGAAGGUGAUUCGGUACCAGAAGGAGAUGCAGGCCAGCUACCUCGAGAUGUACCACAAGAACGAGGCCUUGGAGAAAGAACUGGCAAUGCUGAGAGGGGGCAGGGCCAGAGGUGAAGGAGUGGGAGCAGGGGGCGGGGAUGUGGGCGGGGCCUUACAAGAAGAGAAACCACCCACUGGUCUGCCCUGGAUAGAGAGGAUUGAGUCCUCUGAAAUCUGACUUUGUUGUUUGGCCUCUCAGAUUAGGCUGAGUUUGACUUUUAAUUUCUGAGACAAUGUUUUAAGAUGAAUAAUUAUACUACUGUAUACACAUAUGAACCAAAAGCAUAAUAGAGGUGCAAAAUGAACAUUAUCUGAUGUUUUGCAUUGCAGAAGGAUUGAAAGGGAUUUUUUGUUUUGAUAAAUGUUUAUCUGAAGCAUUAUUUUUGCUUGACUGGAAUUGACUAGCACUAUUUUUCCAUUAUAAAUCUUAUUUUGUGCUUUAGUUAUCAAAUAUUACUAAUUUCUCAUGAUAAUUGCAGUUUAUGAAAGCAUCAUAUUUUAAUGCUGCCGUUCUUCAAAGACUGAAAUCUGGAGUUUGUGGAGAGUUCAAAUGUGUUCUUGUGCAUUCUCUACAAAGCAUGUUGCACUUUAAAAGCACACAACUCAAGAGUUGUCUUUGACCUAAGAUUUCCAUAAAUGCAUGAAUGUGAAAGUAUAAUUCAGAAAUGUUUUUAUGCAGAUGUGUGUACUGGACUAUUGAAAAGACUUGGAAGUUGUUGAUAAUAAGGUCCCAGGUUAGCAAACUUUCCUGUGACGUGUUAAAAACUACUGAAUUUCAUCUUCUAUUUCAUAUGUUAAUUGUGUCUGUUGUCCUUUAUCAACCUUGGCAUUUUAUCUUCAAUUGACUUUAAGAUUUUCCUUCGCUCUGUCUUCCAGUUAGUGUAAAAUAAAAGUUUAA